AUGGCGUCAAACGCUGCCCCAGAUGCGCCAUCCCAGCCCGAAGCGCUGCUAAAGCGCGCCCGUGAUGCCGCAGUACGCGCCCAUGAUGCCCAAUUGCGCGCCAUCAACGGGCAGCGAGCAAUGCUAGAUGCGCAAGAUUACUAUCACUACACCGAGCGCCGACGGCUGAUCAACGAAGCCGAGAACGCAGCGCUGAAGCAAAAGGCUCUCAGUUUAGAGCGGCGCUUGAAGCUGGCGGAUCUGGCAAAGCUAGAGCAUGAUCGCCUGAAGGAUAAUCUGAAGAAGUUGGAUGAGUGGGAGAAGUACUUUGCUGUCUACAAGCAACGUGAGGAGGACGGACAGUGA